CACACUCGUCCAAAGCUGGCAGUGGAAGAGGGGGCGCGCAGAGGAGCGCCAUGGCCGACCGUGUGCCCGCUAUCUUCCACUAUGGGCCCGCAGACGAGGACAUCCAAGCUGCUGCACAGCCUGAGGAGAGCGCCGGCAGAGACGAGGCUGCCGCCGCCGGCGCAGUGGCAGCAAAACAAACCGUGUCUGAACAAGAGCAGCGAGUCCAACCAGCGCAAGGAACCAGAAGAUUGCAGGAGCGCGGUUCAGUGACCGCGAGGCCACUGCCUGUACGCAAUGCUGACAUUGGCGGUCCGCAGGUGAAGGCAAGCGCGAACGACGAGGGACAAAGCGGGCGGGGUUCGGGGUCUUCGAUGGCUGGGGUGCAACAGGCGGAUCAGGCGGUCAGUGGCAAUUUGCGUUCGCAGCCGAAGUCUAAGAAGGCUGCGAAACCCCCAAGAGGUGGCCCCAAGAAAGUAGGAAAGGACUUGGGGCCCCCACCCAAAGCUGCUGUGGAGCCCAUCGUUGAAGAAGUGGAUACAAAUGACAGGCUCCGGCGAGAGAAAGCGGAGAUACUGGCGAGGACACUGCGCGAGCACAACGCGGCGGUGUUUGAAGCGCAGAUGGCGCUGCUGGAGGGGCCCACCACGGACAAGCAGCUGCAAGCUUCGAGGCGUCUGUUACCCAAGUCCGACUAUGAUGAUAUCAUCGAGGAAAGGGCAAUUGCUGGCGUGUGUGGGUACCCGCUGUGCGACAACGUGCUGCCACAGAAAGAUUCAAGGAAGGGCCACUACCGCAUCUCCCUCGCGCACAAGCGCGUCUUCGACACUUCCGACACCGUCCGAUUCUGCGGCCUGGACCACGUGGUCCGCAGCGGGGCGUUCCGGGCGUCUCUCGAGGACGAGCGCCCGCUGCUGCCGACUGGGGACGAGCUCCAGGCGAUAGUUGCUACGGUGACGGGGCGGCCAGGGGGAGCGGAGAAGCGAGCCAGUUUUCAAGCUGCUGACGUCACCAAGCGGAGACCAGAGGAAGAGGGCAGCUCCGCGAGUCCAGCCGUCAUGAGCGCCACGCUUGUGGAACGGACGCCGGGUGACGUCAGCGCUGACGUCAGCGCUCCUGAGGCUGGACAAUCGGACGCGAUUGAGGGGUACGUUCCCAGGAGGGGUGCCCAGAAAAGAUCCGUUGACGGGUCUGUAGGAGCUAGAAGUCGAAAAUCAGGGCCUGUAAAGGGUGCGGCUUCAAGAGAAGCAGAGAGGAAAGUGGAGCAAGAAUCCGGACUUCAGAAAAAUGGGGAAACGGAUGCGACAAAAGUCGUGUCGGGGAGAAGAGAGGCUGAUUUGACAAUGGCCGGAAUGGGGACGGGCUUUGGGGAGUCGGGGGCAGAAUGGAGUCGGAGGUUGGACCAGAGCGCUGCGGAAGCGGGGAUCAGUGUCUCACGCUACACCGAAGGAGAAAAGGAAAGUCCUGUGCCAACAGAAGCGGGAUCGACAGACGAAGCGUCAAGGCAAAGGAUUGAUGCGGCAUCGUCAGGAAUGACGUCAGAGCCCCGGCCUUCCAAACGCAGUGCUGAAGAGAAGGGUAAAGCGCACGGGGCGGCUGGGAAGGGCGUCGUGGAAAGUCUAAAAAAGGGCGCAAACGGCGCUACUGAUUUUGCAUCUGAUCGCGGCCAGCCGGAAGAAGAACCGGAUCUCCGGUUGCAGUCGGCACAGGCAGUAGCAACUGCCUUGGCGGAGGCGGCAGCUAGGGUCGAAACGGGAGAAUUCGAUGCGACUGAGGCAAUGCAGAGUCUCGGGAUGACGGUCCAACCAGCCAACGAGGGGGCGCCAAGUGGCAGUCGCAGAGAUGCUCGUUCAAAACGGGCGAGUGCCAGUCUGACGGAAAUAAGCGGGCUCGAGAAUGAGGAAGGACCGGAAGAAAGCGGUGGGGUGAAGCGCGGCCUAGAAACGGGGGGCGUCGUAGAGCGAAACGAGAGCGAAAACCGGCAGACCGAGCAGGGGCGGGGGAGUAACGCGACGUCCACAAGCGGGGCCAGCGUUACACCGGAAGAGGACGAAGAUGACGACUCAGGGCAGGGGUGGAUGGGCGCCCCCCCGCAAGGGUUCAGUGCGGAGCUGUCGCAAUUCGGACGGCUUUGGACGGCCCUGGACUCGUGGAUCUCGGCCGAUACCCUCCGUUUCCUGCACGGUCCGGACGCCUUUUUCCAGGGGGGGGAGUCUGAAGGUGGGGUGAUCAGUGUGGGGGGACGGGACUACGAGCCGAGAGUAGUUCUGGACAAUGGAGCGUCCGCAGCGAUCAGGCGCGCGUUCCAGGAGUGCGUCCGAAGGGCUCUGCCGGACGUGCAGCGCGCGAUGCAGCUGAAGGUGCCGCGUCCGGAGCUGGAGGAAGCGCUUGGCAAUCUCGUGCGGACGUUCAGUUUCACGGACCCUCUUCCUCCUCUGAAGUCCCCUGGCUGGCAGCUCCUGACCCUCCUCAUGCUGCACGCACUGUCGCGUCGAAGCACGCCCGUCCUUGGUUCCUCGUUCGAAGACCGGCCUUCCUUAGGACAAGCGCUCGAGACACUCAAGGGCGACAAAAAGGAGUACGAACUUUUGCAUGCAAAGUUGGUGCCAGCGGGCUCGACCAACGGGUAAACAUUUUGAGUGCAUGAGAGACAGGUGGUACUUCGCGCAAAGGUUACCGGUGUACACAAAGGAUGUCCAUCCAAGAUUGUCGAGACUUUAAAGUGAACACGCUAUUGGACUUACCUUGCUCUUAGUAUACAAUUCUUUCAGGAGAGGCUAUCCGUGCU